CAUGUCUGCGCCGUAUUGGGGUGCAUUGCCCCAGCCCAAGGGCAUCCAGAGCCGGCGAGUCUCAGCAGAUUACACUAAUGAAUUCGCGCAAAAUGACCAACGGCGUUCGCUCGACGUCCAGCCCCAACGCAAGGCGAACCGCAACUCAGUCCAGACAGCUUACACCGAUGCUCCCACCGAGACGACGUUUAGUCCCAACUCCCCGACGUCGAUACCGGACUACUACCAAGGUCUGGCUCCCAGACCAGCCUCACAUCGUCCGCCUCCUCAAGAACAAACAUAUGAAGGAUAUGAUAGGCAAGAACGUCGACCAAAUCGAACCGCCGUCCCUGACAAGUACGAGAGCAUCUCUCCGACUCCUUCUGCCACGGACACCGUCAUUCGACAGCCACCUAUGGAUCCCUACGCAAAUGGAUCAUAUCAUUCAACGUCUGGACAACCUUCACGACCGGGAGCAGAGGCAAUGAACCCCAUUGAUCUUUCUUCUUUCCCGACGCUUUUCGACGGUGGACUUGCUCGAACAGAUAGCAUGGCGUCUACCCAGCCUCGAGAAAGCCCAGCAUCUGGACCGUCCGAACGGCGCAAAAAGUUGGCAGACCAUCGAUCACCUCUCCAGAAGCUUGAGCUGACGCUCGACAGCAUGACCAAGGAGGAAAAGAGAGCGCGGGUGCAGGCCGCGGAGGCACGAGCGAGGGCGAGGGCUGCCAAGCGGGCUGCUGAAGCUGCCGAAAGCCGUUCUCAGGCUGUCGACCAGCCGCUUUCGCCCGCAGCUCCCAUCCAACGUCAACACCAACCUCCCGCACCAAUUGAGACGACUCCCCCGGCAGCUCAAAGAAAACCAUCUCAGCGAGAGGCCAAUCCGUCGAAAGUCCUACCUCAGCCGCCUAUACGUGAUGAACAGCGCAGAUAUCCCCAAGAGGGACCUCGAUUCGAUGACCAACGCCGAUACACCAGCCAAGAGCUUCCUCACCAUUCUCGGGCUGCUAGUAUGGACCAGCGGGCAUUUGUCCCGGCAGCGGAUGUUCCUAAGCGCAAUCUCAGCUUCCGGGAACGCGACGUCUCUCGUGAAGCCAGGCCGCAUGACGCGGACGCCAACCAGUCCGCAAAGGAAUCGAGCAGCUUCUCCUUAACACGAAGCGGGAGUAACAAGCUGAGAAAAGAGCCUCCGGAGGAAGUUUGGCAUCGAAUACGUUCUGACGCCGAGCGACGACUGCCAGCGGCGCAGCAGCAGCAGCCUGCCCAGGCUCAAUUCAAGGACCCGGCUCGGUCUCCCCAGGCUACAACGGGAGUACCACCACCAGCAGCGCAAUCACGCAGCAAGGAGCUGCCUCCGCUUCCCCUCGUGACGAAGGAUGAGGCGAAUGUGAGGCCGGAAGCGAAGAGGGCCCCCCGCCCUGCUGCCGAGGCCGAGAUCGAACCCAUGCAGCGGCGAGCCACCGAGCCCGUCUAUGCUCGGGAAGAGCGAGGACUGAAUGCCGACUAUGCCCCCGCGGCUGCCAUUGGCAGGAUCAUUUAUGAGGCGAGUCAAAAAGCCCGAGGACGCUUUCCACAGUCGAAUUCAGCAGCAAAGAGCUUGGAAGAUCAGACGGGCCAUGGUCUAAUCGAGGAUACACAGGAGCCACAGGAACCUCUGGAACCGCGUAUGCUGCACAUGCCGCAGGAACCUCAGGCACUGCGUGACCGUAUGCCACAGGACCGUAUGCCACAGGAGUCGCCAGAGCCCUAUGAGCGCCCCGAAUCAAGAUUGGUUUUCAAAAACCCCGAAGAGAUGCGCCCUGGUGAUGGUCUCUACAGCUCCCCUCAGUGGCUGGAUGAGUGGAAGAAGGGCACUGUCGGCACACUAUCCGGCACCCUUCUCGACCUUACUGGCAACAAGCCAGCUGGACUGAUGGAGAGGAACGACGCUUGGCUGGACAGAGAGCAAGGAGGCCACCAGAGAAGGGUCAGCAGUGCAACGAGGCCGCGCAAGGCCGAAGCAUUUGAUGGGGAGUAUGACACUACGAAUGGCGCACCGACUCGGUUCAAGCCGCCGCUGUACCUCAAGUGCGGCCCGCUGCUGAGAUACUGUGGCAUGCGUCACGAAAAACUCCCGCCUCGGCCUCGGGGGCCAAAUGUUGUGGAGGAUCGUGAGAUCUGGAGAGGAAGCGUCAUGAUUGUCACGAAUGACGCCGAGUCUUCCUAUGAGAUUGCGCCGACGCUCCGACUGUUCGUGCAGGACGUCGAACUGUUGCCUCCUCCACCACACCAUGUCGACGGCGACCUUUCACCCGAGUAUGUGGAUCCCAUCGCCGGGCAUCCCAAGCUGGGUCGUCGCGGCGAGACGCUGUAUGUUCGGCCUGUGGACCACCUCGAAGAAGGCAGAGAUCUAUCGCAUGACGAGUCUGAGGACGGUCUAUUUGAGAAGACAAGGAGUUUGCCGGACGAGCCUUUGGCGCAAGGCCUCAAGGACUACCCGGGAUCCUUUGCAAGCCGCCGAGGACGAGUUGAUAUUGACGGAGAGAAGAUGCAGAAAUACAAGGAUGUGAGGGGCUUCCGUCUCCAUGCCGAACAGGGCAGUACAUUUUGGCGGUUCAACAUUGAAGUUGAGCUACGGGAGCAGCAACAGCGGAUUGCCUAUCGCAUCAACCGCGGCCCAGCGAUGGCCUUCUGGGUGCCUGCACGCGGCCAAACCAUGAACAUGAUGUUCUAUACAUGCAAUGGCUUCAGCAUCAGCGUCAACCCAAACGAGCUGUGCGGACCUGAUCCCAUGUGGCGCGACGUUCUGAACUCGCACCAGAUGCGACCAUUCCACGCCAUGAUUGGCGGAGGUGACCAGAUUUACAACGACUGCGUGGCCUUUGAUAGCCCGCUCUUUGACGAGUGGCUGCAGAUCAAUGUGGCGGAGAAGAAGCUCAACGCGGCCUUUACGCCCGAGUUGCAGGCUGAGCUGGAGCGCUUCUACAUGGAGCGAUACUGCACCUGGUUCUCGCAAGGCUUAUUCGGCUUGGCCACUUCCCAAAUCCCCAUGGUCAACAUGUAUGACGACCACGACAUAUUUGAUGGAUAUGGCUCCUACGCCCACCUGGACAUGAGCUCGCCUGUCUUUUCUGGACUUGGACGACUUGCUUUCAAAUACUACCUGCUCUUCCAGCAUCAAAGCAUCGUGCCGGAGACAGAAGUUAGCGAGCCUAGUUGGAUCCUGGGCGAGCAGCCGGGUCCAUACAUUCAAGAAGUCAGCCGCAGUCUUUACAUGUCAAUGGGCGGAAAGGUCGCUCUGCUUGCCGUGGACUGUCGUACGGAGAGGACCGAAAAUGUUGUCGUGGAUGAGAAGACAUGGGAGAAGAUUAUAAGCAGGCUGUAUGCCGAGGUCAGGCGGGGACAGGUUGAGCAUCUGCUUGUGCUUCUGGGUGUUCCCAUUGCCUAUCCCCGUCUCGUCUGGCUGGAGAAUAUAUUGACCUCCAAGUUGAUGAGCCCCGUCAAGGCGCUUGGCAGGACAGGAGUGCUCGGCAAACACCUGAACAACCUCAACGGCGGCUACGAGAUCCUUGACGACCUCAAUGACCACUGGACGGCCAGGAAUCACAAGAAGGAGCGAACAAUCAUCAUUGAGGAUCUGCAAGAUCUGGCUAUCGACCGAUCUGUGCGAAUCACAAUACUGAGCGGCGACGUGCACCUCGGCGCCAUUGGUCAAUUCUAUUCCAACCCCAAGCUCGGCCUACCAAAGCACAAGGACCCGAGGUACAUGCCCAACAUUGUGUCUUCAGCCAUCGUCAAUCACCCGCCACCGGACAUUGUUGCCGACUUGCUCAACAAGCGAAACAAGGUACAUCACUUUGACAAGGAGACCGAUGAGGCCAUGAUUCCGAUCUUCCAAACCGGCGUUGAUGGCAAGCCGAGAAACAACAAGAACCUCCUCCCUCAUCGCAACUGGUGCUCCAUUCGCAUGUGGCAGCCAGGCAGCACGCCGCCGCCUUCGCCGCCCACGUCCGACCGAGGAAGGAGUCGAAGCCCAGGAGGCGGAAGCUUGCUCAGAAGACUUUCUUCUAGACGGCGCAAGUCUACUUCACAGCAGCCUUUUGACGUCUCACGGGAAUCCGUGCGAGGGCCUCGGCCCCCUAUUUCCGGAGGAGGAGGCCUCUUCAGGAACUUUUCACGACGAAACUCGGUUGAUCAACAGCGCCCUGGAGGAGGUGUGACUCGAACGAUGUCCCUUAGCCGCGGAGAGGCAGCGCAUCACAGAGAUGACUUGAUGCAUCAUGGACAGCACGGUAGUCAGAGUCGAUUUGACGAGAGCAACAUGAGCGGCCAAUGGAGCGGCGAGUUUGACAGCGGAUACUUGGACCAUCGAACUCGGGGGCAGCCUCCUGCUUCAGGCCUCCGUGGUGGCGGCGGUAGCGAUUACGAGGAGUUCUCGGCAGGUGACGAGUCCUACUUCACAGCACAAGCACCUCGGCGCGCACAGACGGUCAACUACCACGCCGGGCCCGCUGGUAGUCACGAGGUCGACGAACCGUCUACCCGUCCAUACCACAGAAUACCCACGGGCCUGUCACUGAAGGAGACGAAAGAUGCGGAGAAGUUUGAGGUCAACCUGGAAGGCGGCCUGGACAUUUCGCUAAACAUGGAAGUGAACUCCAAGGACCCGACGGGCAUUACUGUGCCUUACCGGCUUCUAGUGCCCAAGCUGUUUUAUGAAGCCUCCUCCAAAGACGACCUAUUUGCGACGGCGGAGCCAACUGGUAUUAAGAAGUUAUUCAGCUUUAGAAAAAAGCAAAAGGCACCUUUGGGGGAGCCGGAGCCGGAGCCAGCAGAAGAGAUGGGAUACGAUGACGAAGAGUUGGACGACGAGAGAUACUGA